AUGAGUGGAGGAGGGGAGCAGCCUGACAUCCUCAGUGUGGGAAUCUUGGUCAAAGAAAGAUGGAAGGUGUUGAGAAAAAUUGGAGGUGGAGGAUUCGGAGAAAUUUACGAUGCACUGGACUUGCUUACUCGGGAAAAUGUUGCACUGAAGGUGGAGUCAGCUCAGCAGCCCAAGCAAGUGCUGAAAAUGGAAGUCGCUGUGUUGAAGAAAUUGCAAGGAAAAGAUCAUGUCUGUAGAUUCAUUGGAUGUGGAAGGAACGACAGAUUUAACUAUGUGGUCAUGCAGUUGCAGGGUCGAAACUUGGCAGACCUGCGUCGGAGCCAGUCUCGAGGAACGUUCACCAUUAGUACCACUCUGCGGCUUGGGAAGCAGAUACUGGAAUCUAUUGAAAGUAUUCAUUCUGUGGGAUUCCUGCACAGGGACAUAAAACCAUCUAACUUCGCAAUGGGACGUUUUCCUAGCACCUGUAGGAAGUGUUAUAUGCUGGAUUUUGGCUUGGCACGGCAGUUUACCAACUCAUGUGGGGAUGUCAGACCACCACGAGCUGUUGCUGGUUUUCGAGGAACAGUACGAUAUGCAUCAAUCAAUGCUCAUAGAAACAGAGAAAUGGGUCGGCAUGAUGACCUCUGGUCCCUGUUCUACAUGUUGGUGGAAUUUGUGGUUGGACAACUGCCUUGGAGAAAAAUAAAAGAUAAGGAGCAAGUGGGCUCUAUUAAGGAAAGGUACGAGCACAGACUUAUGUUGAAACAUCUUCCUCAAGAAUUCAACAUCUUUCUGGAUCACAUUUCUAAUUUAGAUUACUUUACAAAGCCCGAUUACCAGCUUCUCAUGUCUGUGUUUGACAACAGCAUGAAAACAUUUGGGGUUAUUGAAAGCGACCCUUUUGACUGGGAGAAGAGUGGAACUGAUGGCUCUCUGACAACGACAACAACUUCAACCACGCCUCAGUUGCACACUCGUCUUACUCCAGCUGCAAUUGGAAUUGCCAAUGCCACUCCUAUCCCAGGAGAUUUGCUGCGAGAAAACACAGAUGAAGUGUUUCCUGAUGAACAGCUCAGUGAUGGAGAGAAUGCUAUUCCAGUGGUUGUCUCACCAGAGAAACUACCUGGAUCCCCUGGGCAUCAGCGUCCUCAGGAAAAAGACGUUUGGGAAGAAAUGGAUGCAAAUAGAAACAAAAUAAAACUAGGGAUCUGCAAGGCUGCCACAGAGGAAGAAAACAGCCAUGGGCCAGUGAAUGGAAUACUUAAUGCACCGAGUCUCGGUUCUCCAAUUCGUGUUCGCUCAGAGACCACCCAGCUAGACAGAGAUGUCCCACUGGUGCGAAAGUUACGCUCAAUUCACAGCUUUGAACUGGAGAAGCGUCUGACGUUGGAGCCAAAGCCAGACACUGAUAAAUUUCUUGAGACCUGUUUGGUGAAGAUGCAGAAAGACUUGAAUGCUGCGGCAGAGACUCCUGUUGUUGCUGUUCCUCCUCCUUCUCAGAAAACACCUAUUCGUGCUCCUGUGACUGCUCGCAUGGACCAUGUUUGGCACUAUGAUGAAGAAUAUCUUCCAGAUGCUUCAAAGCCUGUGUCAGCUAGUUCUCCAGAACAUGUUGAUGGUGUUAUUAGCAAUGGAUUUGUAGCUGUCAACUUAAGCUCCUGCAGGCAGGAGGUUGACUCUAAGGAAUGGGUGAUAAUAGAUAAGGAACGGGACUUGCAGGACUUCAGGACAAAUGAGGCUUUAGGGCACAAAACGACUGGAAGUCCCUCAGAUGAAGAGCCAGAGGUACUACAAGUUCUAGAGGAGUCCCCUCCAGAAGAGCAGCCCAGACAGGGUGGUUGGGCAGGAAACAGUGUCCAUGCCAAGAACCAAACCUCAGGGGUGGAGUUAGUUCUAGCUAUGGAGUGUCAUCCUGCUGUUUCUGAACAGCUUACGGAUAAAUUGGAACUUCUGUCCGGACCUGCUGGACAGCUUCUUGCAGCCACUCCUACAAGUCCUAUGGAAGCUCAAGCAGAAGGAGCACUCACUCCG